GUAAUUUUUGUACGUAUAUAGAGUUAUCAUCUUGAUAUCAUCGUCAAUCUUAAAUAAAAAUUAUAUUUUAAACAUAUGUAAUUUAUAGAACUGCAGAUAUUCUCUCAAUAUUAUUUGUGCAAUAAUUCCAGUUUAAGGUUAUAAAUAGUAAAAAUCAGGAACAAAAUAUGUGUAAAACAAACUGUAAACCGAAAAUAAUUAUCUUUGACUUAGACUAUACUUUAUGGCCAUUUUGGGUUGAUACUCAUGUUACUCCUCCUUUUAAAAAGAAAGGAAAUGAUGUAGUAGAUUCUCGUGGUCAAAUUAUACAAUAUUACAAAGAAGUACCUGAUGUUUUAAAACAUUUAUACGAUGAAGGAUAUGAACUUGGUGUUGCAUCUCGUACAUCAGAAAUACAAGGUGCUAAACAAUUAUUAAAUCUAUUUGAUUGGAACAAGUAUUUGAAAUAUAAAGAAAUUUAUCCAGGAUGUAAAGUAACUCAUUUUUCUAAGAUUCAAAAAGCAUCAGGAAUUGAUUAUAGAGAUAUGAUGUUUUUUGAUGAUGAAAAUAGAAAUAUUGUUGAUGUAGGUAAACUUGGCGUUAAUUGUAUAUUUGUUAAAAAUGGUGUGAAUCAUGCACUUGUAGAAAGCGUUCUUAAAAAAUUGUAGAUAAUUGUAUUUUUGAUGAUGAAGAUGGAAAUAUUAUUGAUGUUGGUAAACUUGGUGUUACUUAUAUAUUUGCUAAAUAUGAUUUGAGUCAUGCAUUUGUAGGAACUAUUCUUAAAAUAUUUUAAUUUUUAUAAUUUUAGAGAAAUAUAUAUAAUAAAUAGCUUUAUUUUUA